AUGUGGCGCAAAGCGACCCUGGCAACGGGCUCCUACAUCGGCCUCACGACGGCCGCCAACGUCGCGUCGCCGCUGAAAAUCGUCUGGGACUUGGAUGAGACGCUCGUGUCCUCCUCCCAGCAAAAGUCCAAGUGGCGCGAGGACCAGAAGAACCAGAUCCUCAAGCGCACGACGACGACGCUCGAGCACGUCGACGACGACGGCCUGCACUUCAUCACCACCGCGCGGCCCCUCGCGGGCGCGCUCGUAAAAGCGCUGAGCUACGUCCCCGGCGUCGAGCAGCACGUGUCGACGGCGGCGUCGCCGGGCUACGCCAGAAACGUCGUGCGGCUCCUCGACCCGGAGAACCGCAUCUUCAAGACCGUGCGCGCGGACCAGCCGAGCUCGGGCAAGGACCUCGCGGCGCAGGGCUUCAAGGGCCGCGCGGUCCUCGUCGACAACCGGCCGAGGAGCCACGCGCCGCAGCCGAGGCGGGGCCUGCUCGUCGACGACUACGUCGCGAGCGAGCGCGUGCUCCACCUCAGCGGCGGCCGCUACGCCGUCGGCGGCGCGUUCCGCGUGCGCGCGACGGACCGCGCGCUCGAGGCCAGGUGGCCGCUCGAGCCGCGGACGCUGUCGGACGGAUCCGCGGUCGGCGGCGGCGCGACCAUCGAGGGCGGCGCGCUCGUCGGGCGGCCGCGCCACCUCGAGAGGAAGCGGGAGAAGCAGCUCCGGCGCACGCGCACGGCGGAGGAGAACGAGCUCGCGGACCGGCGGAAGAUCGUCCACAAGCUCGCCGUCGCCGCCGUCGAGACCUCGGGCGACGAGGCCCGGCUCCGCGCGCUCGUCGCCGACGCCAAGAGCUCGGGCGCCGCGGCGCUGCUUCUGGUGGACGCGAACCGCCGGGAACCGGCGAAGAUUCCCCACAACGCGGACUUUCCCGUCGUCUCCGCGGGCGCGUCCGCCGCUCACGUCCUCGCGAACCAGCACGCGCGCAACGCGGCGCCCUCGACGACGAUCACGACGGCGGAGCUCAAGGCGCCCGAGGACGUGGCGCUCCGCGGCGUCGCGGCGAAGCUCCUGCUCUGCUGGUUCGCGCCGGACGUGUCCUGGGCGUUGACGCCCGUGGACUCGUCGGCGAAGAAGGCCCGGGCCGCGUGGUAG